CGUGACGUCAGUGAGGCAGCUCCAGGCUAACGACAGUCGGAAUGAAAAUGUCGUCGUCUUUACUCAACAUCGCGCUGGUUUCAAUUAUACCGGUUUUUCUUGCAUCGCAUUUUGGAGAGGUGUCAGCUGAAGGGGAUGGACGAGGGUUUGGUGACCACAUUCACUGGCGGAGCCUUGAGGAUGGGAAGAAGGAGGCUGAAGCAAGUGGACUGCCUCUGAUGGUGAUUAUUCACAAGACUUGGUGUGGUGCAUGUAAAGCACUGAAACCCAAGUUUGCUGAAUCGAAAGAGAUCUCUGAGUUGGCCCACAACUUUAUCAUGGUUAACUUAGAGGAUGAAGAGGAGCCAAAAGAUGAGACCUUCAGUCCAGAUGGCGGUUACAUUCCUAGAAUACUUUUUCUUGAUCCCACUGGUAAUGUCCACUCUGAAAUCACAAACAAGAAUGGGAAUCCCAACUACAAGUACUUUUACAGCAAUGCAGAUCAAGUUGUGACUAGCAUGAAGGAAGCUCAAGAGAAGCUGACUGGUGAUGCCUUCAGGACGGCUCAUAUUGGAGAUGAACUGUAAGAAGUUCAACAUGGAAAGAUCUCAGCCAAUACACUAAGUCACUCCACUGGCCACACUAGAUUAAUCUCCAACCUCAACUUCUCUUGUCAUUUCAUUUGAACUGCUGUGGCACAAGAUUAGCUUCAAAAGUGAAGGAAUUCAGAAUGCAUCUAUAAAGUACACAGCUUGUGGUAGGUUGGCUCAUUACUUUGAAAACCAAAGCAUACUUUGUCCAUUUCACAUAAAGGGUGCUAAAAAGGGUUUUUUCUGCUUUUUAAAACAUUUACAGCUUACAUUAUCAUUAUAUGUUGAAAACCUAAUAACAUGAUGGUAUAGACCCUGAACUGCAUUCACAAGGCACUCCACAUUUUGUCAGACUAAGAAACACCCUGAACACACCAGUAAAGCAAUUCCAUGUGCUUCCAAGCCUUAUCUUGCAAGCUGCAGUGCAACAGAGCCAGUUAGCCAUUAUGAAGGGCCUUAUAAUACACAAACUUUACCUGCCUAGAAACAAGCAUUGGGGUAAGUUUUUAUGAGCUCAACAGUCCUGCUAUGUUAAGAUUAGAAAUGUUAACAGUAUUUCUUAAACUUGUGUAUUUAGUCCUCCUCAAUAUAUGGAGUUGCCUUUGGUUUUUAAAGACACAUUUUUACUAUAGACCUGUGAAUUAAGACCUUUAAUGUAAACUGAAAUUUCUUAUUUUUUUUUUUUUUUGGAUCGAGAGGGAAUUUUCUUUGCCAUACUGUAUUUUUUACCAAUAUGUAAAACGAGACAAAUAAAGUUGAUAGAAAAUA